AUUUAAGAUAUGUUUAUUUAAUAGUUAGCUAUACUUUUUAAAAGUUAGAUUAAUUUGAAAUAAUUUUAUUUUCCAUACAUACAUGUCAGCAUUAUCAAGUUAUGCAACAAUAUAUGGAAAAAGUGCACCGUUGUCUAAUCCACAGAAAAGUAAAUUGUGUUCAAGAUACAUUCUUAUAAAAGUAGUUUGUAAUAUCGGGAAUUUUUAUGGAAAGCUAAAGUACAUUUAUGGUAUAGGCACUGAAUAGCAAGAUAAACUUUUAUUGUAGUCUAUACUUGACAUAUAGGUACUUAUUACUUUGAAAGGCUGAAUGCACUAUGUCUCUCGAAAAUUGACAAAUUACAUAGACCGUGAAUUCUGAGUUAAGUUAAUAUUUUUUUUAUGCAUACCGGACAAUUCAAAGUACAUUGGGAAGUUGUGAGAAAAUAAUGCGGUAGAGCAAUUUCACGAUCCUUUCAACAGUCUUUAAACAUAUAUACCCUUUGAUAUGUGAAUAUCAACGAUGUUACUCGAAAUCAAUAGUUCUAGAAUGAGAGACGACGGAAGUAAGAUAGAUAAAGAAGGAUUACCGGUGAGAGCGGUCGUAGUGAGAUCGACAUGGAAAAUUGAUUAACGCUCAGGGAAUUAAUGUUUAACUGUUCUACUGUAUAACGUUAAAAAUGUACAUCAACGCGUAUCAGUUCUGGAUUGUCUCGUGACACGUUUCAACAAUGGCAUGCUGGAAUAAAAAUGCUGCUUAUGAAUGGUCAAGUUACAAAACAUUGGCAUGGCCUGUGGGUGCAUGGCCUAUCGAAGAUGAUACCCUUUAUUCAAGAAUGCGUUGGUCGUUUGCGAUCAUAAGCGAGAUCUUGCUGGUGGCAGAAUUGUUAAUAGAAGUUUAUCUCGCUUGCGAAAAUUCGGCCGAAAAUCCGAUAGAUACAUAUGUUGUGACCGCCAGUGCGAUCCUGGUAUUUGUAAAACUCAUCUUGUUGCGAAUACGACGAUCUACACUUUCGCUUAACAUCUCCUCCGCUAUUCAGGACUGGUGUAGCAUUAAGGAUACGAAAUCGCACGAGAUCAUGAUCCAAUAUGCACGCAUGGCGAGAAUAAUUUCAUUGUCUUUAUUUUAUUCUGGUUUCUUUGCCUUUAUAUUGUACAUGCUAAGACUCUUGCCUCUUGUAAGCGGGACCAAUGAAAGGACGUUUUACCUUCCGACCUCCUGUCUUUUCGAAUCCAUUUCCACCCUCCAAUAUAUCUUUCUUACAUUGUAUCAAAUAAUCCAAUUGUUUAUAACAUAUGCUGGAAACUGCUGCACAGAGGGAAUGUUUAUUGGUGUUACGCUACAUUUGUGCGGACAGCUCCAACUUUUAAUGAUCGACAUCCGACGAAUCGACUGGCGCAACAAAAGAGGCAAUAUUGUUGAAAAACUUGUUGUUAGGCACCGACAAUUGAUAAGACUCACGGAGACUAUAGAGGAUUCUUACAAUAUUAUCAUUUUGGCUCAGAUCCUUGUCAGCGCCAUUUUAAUAUGCGUAACAGGCUUUGGGUUCAUUGAAUCCUUGCAUAUUCAUGACACAGUCAUGACAGUGAAGAGCGCUGUAAUAAUGUUUGUCAUGUUGCUACAAUCUUUUCUGUAUUCGUAUGCGGGUGAUAAUUUGAGAGAUCAAAGCGACGCCUUGUCUUUCGCUAUCUAUGACUGUAAUUGGUGCAACUUUCCACCCAACGAUGUAAGAGACUUGGCAUUUAUAAUGAUAAAAACGAAUAUACCUAUCCGUCUGACUGCUGGAAAAUUUUUCUACGUUACACUUACUACAUUUACGGAUAUCUUAAAGACUGCGGUUUCCUAUUUAUCCGCCUUACGUGUAAUGACUGAAAAACAAGCAGUAAAUAAAUAAUAAACAAUUAAAUUGGUGUAAUUAAAGCUUUAAGCAAACUAAACAUUGUUAUAAGUUAUAUACGUUACGAAAAAGCUUAUAAAUAUGUAAGUAGGAAAACUGAAUUAUAGAAAAAAUUAUUUAAUAGAAAUAUAUAUAUUUAUAUAAAAACAUUAAUUAUAUUAGCUGAAAGCUGAAAGAGAUAAAAAAGUAUCUAAAUAUAGAAUUAUGUACCUGCA